AUGUUCAGGCACAUAUUAAAUUUCAUGAGAAAUUCAAGGCUUCUCAUUCCGGAAAAUUUUCAGGAUUUAGACUUAUUAAUAGAAGAAGCGAGAUAUUUUGAUAUAACACCAAAAGUCGUAGACGGUAACAGAACGACACCACAUCAGCAACAUGGAACGGAUAGUUUCGAAUGCGUUGCAUUACACAUAAGUCCAGAUCUCGGUGAAAGGAUAAUGUUAUCGGGAGAUCGUUCCCUUUUGGAUGAAGUUUUCCCGGAAGCAAAUCAAGGAUUGAUUGAUUCUCGUUCGGGUGUCGCAUGGAAUCAACACGAUACGAGACACGUGAUUAGAUUUCCGUUAAACGGUUAUUGCAAGCUUAAUUCCGUUCAAGCCAUCACGAGAUUGUUAAACGCGGGUUUUAACGUUGCCGCGAGUAAUGGCGGAGGGGUCGAAGGUCAACAGUUUUCCGAAUAUUUAUUCGUACGUAAAGAUAAUUUAAUUCGUACCCAGAGGCUAUCAUCCAUUUCUCAAAAGGGAUCUUCGAGACUCGAUUCAAAACGCCCACCACCAUUUUUAUUUUUUCUUUUUUUCUUUCUUUUCCUUUUUAUUUUUUUUAUUAAACAAAAGAGAAAAAAAAAAAAAAUUGUAAUUUUAUGGCCAUGA